UCCAUUUCCAUAAUCCUUAAACGGUUAAACCCCUAUCCUCAAGCUCAGCUCUGCAACUCCAAAAACCUUGACUUGAGCUCGAGCUCGAGCUCGCUCACACAGAAUCAAAAUGGCUCUCAGCUUUCUCUCUCUAUCACUCUUCCCUUCACCACCGAAAUCUCUAUCUCUCUCUCUCAGGUCCCCACAGUUGAGGCCUUUUCCUUUCCUCAACCUCCCACUCAGCACCGCCGUCUCCGCAAUCGGCCCCGACGGCAAGUACUACCCUACACCAUCAGACGAUGACCCUCCGGAAGCUCCAGAGGACUCAAUGCACGGGGUCAACAGGUUCCAGCAGAUACACCGCCAAGCUUCACGAGCAAGGAAGCAGCAGGAGGAGCAGGCCAAGAAAGACCAGUCCAUUUUCCUCAACGCCAUCGCCGACGUUGAGGACGCGCCCGACGACACUCUCGCUGCCGAUCACGAGAGCUCCGGAGAUGAUUUCUUUGGGGAAAUUGACAAAGCCAUUGCCUUGAAACGAAAGGAGUUUGUGAAACAAGGCCUCUUGAAGCCCAACCCCAAGAAGGUGCCCCCUCGGACCCGGAGGGAACCCGAAUUAGAAGACGUCGAGGAGCUGGAGCCAGAGGAAGUGGUUGAUUUGGAGGAAAUCAGUGAGCUUCAGGGGCUUACUGAGAUAUCGGUAGGAGAUGAAGAGAGCGAAAAAGAAGAAGAGAGCACUGAGAAGUCGGAUGAUUUUGAGGAAAGUGAUGAUAUUAUGGUAAAAGCCAACUUCUCUGAUGAUGAUUUAUCUUCAUUUGACAUUGAUUUCGAUGAGCUUGGUAAAACUCGCCCGAGAAUUGUGGAACCUAGUUUUAGGAUGACUUUAGCUGAGCUUUUAGAUGAGAGUAGAGUAGUGCCCAUUUCAGUGUAUGGGGACUUGGAAGUGGAAAUCAGGGGGAUUCAGCAUGACUCGAGGUUGGUUGAGAGCGGGGAUUUAUUUGUGUGUUGUGUAGGGAGGAAAACUGAUGGGCAUUUAUAUUUAUCUGAGGCUGAUAAGAGAGGGGCUGUUGCCGUAGUGGCUAGUAAAGAGAUUGAUAUUGAGGAGACAUUGGGGUGUAAAGCUUUGGUCAUUGUUGAGGACACGAAUGUGGUGCUUGCAGUGUUGGCUGCUUCAUUUUAUAGGCAUCCAUCUAAGAGUAUGUCUGUGAUUGGCAUCACAGGAACUAAUGGAAAGACUACCACCUCAUACUUGAUAAAGUCAAUGUAUGAAGCAAUGGGGCUGAGGACUGGGAUGCUUAGCACUGUGGCUUACUAUAUUCAUGGAGAUAAUACGUUGGAGUCCCCUAAUACAACCCCUGAUGCUGUUUUGGUUCAGAAGUUAAUGGCUAAGAUGUCGCAUAAUGGGACCGAGGCUUUAGUUAUGGAAGCUUCUUCUCAUGGAUUGGCAUUAGGUAGGUGUGAUGAGGUUGACUUUGAUAUUGCCGUUUUCACAAACCUUACUAGAGACCAUUUGGAUUUCCAUGGGACUGAGGAGGAGUAUAGGAAUGCAAAGGCCAAAUUGUUUGCAAGGAUGGUUGACCCAGAUCGACACCGCAAAAUUGUGAAUAUUGAUGACCCAAAUGCAGCAUUCUUCAUCUCACAAGGCAACCCUAGUGUGCCUGUUGUGACCUUUGCAAUGGAGAAUAAGAAGGCUGAUGUUCAUCCCUUAAAUUUUGAAUUGUCUCUCUUUGAGACAACAGUCUUGGUGAAUACUCCUCGUGGUAUAUUGGAGAUUUCAUCAGGACUGCUUGGGCGCCAUAACAUCUAUAACAUACUUGCAGCUGUAGCUGUUGGUAUUGCAGUUGGGGCACCUUUGGAGGACAUUGUUAAAGGUAUUGAAGAGGUUGAUGCAGUACCUGGUAGGUGUGAACUGAUAGAUGAGGAACAAGCUUUUGGAGUGAUUGUGGACUAUGCUCAUACACCCGAUGCAUUAUCUAAACUUCUUGAUUAUGUUAGAGAGCUCCAUCCACGGAGGAUUAUCACUGUGUUUGGAUGUGCUGGUGAGAGUGAUAGGGGGAAGAGGCCCAUAAUGACAAAAAUUGCUACGGAUAAGAGUGAUGUAACUAUUCUUACAUCUGACAAUCCGAAGAAUGAAGAUCCACUUGACAUCUUGGAUGACAUGUUAGCUGGUGUAGGAUGGACUAUGCAGGAUUACUUAAAACAUGGAGAGAACGAUUAUUACCCACCUCUCUCUAAUGGCCAUAGACUCUUCCUUCAUGACAUUAGACGGGUAGCUGUACGCUGUGCAGUUGCAAUGGGCGAGGAAGGUGAUAUGGUUGUAGUUGCUGGUAAAGGCCAUGAAACAUACCAAAUAGAGGGUGAGAAGGAGGAAUUUUUUGAUGAUCGGGAAGAAUGUAGAGAAGCCUUACAGUAUGUUGAUGAGCUUCACCAAGCUGGGAUUGAUACAAGUGAAUUCCCAUGGCGGCUGCCUGAGAGCCAUUAAUAUGAGGAGGCAUGACAGUUGUGGGUUAAUAUUUUGACAAUAGCUGGAGAGUGAAAGCAAGCUCUACUAUGAGAGGAGAUGGCGCGGCAGAUGUAAUUGAAUUGGAGCUGCUUGCUCUUAAUCUCUUAUCGCGGGAUCUGCAGAAUCAUGACUAACAACUAUGGAAAGAAGGGGAUUUACUUGAUUGCAGAUUUAACGAUGACGUAUUCCUACGGCAGUUUCCCAAAUUGAAGAAAUGGAAGUUCUUUUGAAGGCAAAAGUCUCUACUCAUCCUAAUGUUCGAUGUUCAUACAAAAAACACUUUGGAAGUGAAAAAAGAAAGAAAUUUUGGUAGCAAUAAUUUUAUUUUUAUAAAUAUAGAACACAAAGUGGCAUUUGGUAAAAUCAUAAGUACGGAGGCCAAAUACGCACGCACUACUAAGCAUGCAAUUCUAUCUAUGCGUAAAUAUAUGUUCUAGAGCAGCUAAUAAACUUUGUGGGUGACCAACUUACAAGACAAGCAAGCCUGUAGGCACCAAAAAUUUGUAUGACAGAUAUUUUUAAGAUGGUGAAGGAAACAUCACAUCAGAGAUAUUUUCGACAAACUUGAAUGUGAUUGAGUGGAAGGAAUUUAUCCAUUCUUAAUCA